AUGGGUGAGGGCCGGAUUGUGAAGGAGGGCUUCGUGGAGUUGGUGGCAAUCUGCGAUGAUCCCCAAUUUAUUACUGGAGGAGCCACUCGCACAGACAUCUGCCAAGGAGCCCUGGGUGACUGCUGGCUGCUGGCAGCCAUUGCCUCCCUCACCUUGAAUGAAGAAAUCCUGGCUCGAGUCGUCCCCUUGGACCAGAGCUUCCAGGAGAACUACGCGGGGAUCUUCCACUUCCAGUUCUGGCAGUACGGCGAGUGGGUGGAGGUGGUGGUGGACGACAGGCUGCCCACCAAGGACGGGGAGCUGCUCUUCGUGCACUCGGCAGAGGGCAGCGAGUUCUGGAGCGCGCUGCUGGAGAAGGCCUACGCCAAGUUUCUCCUGCUGAUCCUGUGAUUGUUUCAUGAUUCACUUGAAGAAAUGAAGGAAAAUACACAUAAGAACAGAGACAUUACCUGAGAUUGUGUUCUAUUUUAUCAACCCUCCAUCUAUAC